AAAGGACACACCGAAAGUGUUGAAGAAAUCCGUUUUCGUUGGAAUAUUUUCCAAGUCUUGUUAUACAUAAGAAAUGAUGAAAAUGUGGCUGGUCCGCGGGAUCGGAACACGAAACAGGAGCAGGAGCAGUAUAUAAACUCCAACGUUAAUCUUCAUCUUCUACGGCUGCAUCCACCCCCUGCCGCCCCCGCACCUAUAUUGCAACAAUUUCGUACUGGAACUGGUGCGGGUGAAGCUGAGACUUCGGAAGAGCAUCGAUAUCCAUUGAAUGCACUACAGCGUUCAGCGACGUUGCCGGCGAAACACAAUCGUUUAGGUGUGCGCAGUCGAGUGACAUUUAAAGUGCCAUCCACCGCAAGUCCAGGAGCAGGUGUUGUAGGAUCUGUAGCAGGAGUCGGAACAGGAGUAGCAGCAGCAACAUUAGGAACCAAAACGGCAGCCCCUGGACCGCUUAUCACCAUAGAAAAAAACAGCAACGUUGCUGCUGGGCAGAAGGACUCUGGCAAAAUGACGUCAGAGGACCUGUUGCAGCCAGGACAUGUGGUGAAGGAGCGCUGGAAGGUUGUCCGCAAAAUUGGAGGCGGCGGCUUUGGCGAAAUCUACGAGGGUCAGGAUCUCAUCACUCGCGAGCAAGUUGCACUCAAAGUGGAAUCGGCUCGUCAACCGAAACAAGUCCUCAAAAUGGAGGUAGCCGUCCUGAAAAAGCUUCAAGGCAAGGAGCAUGUAUGCCGAUUCAUUGGAUGUGGCCGCAACGAUCGAUUUAACUAUGUGGUGAUGCAGCUCCAGGGAAAGAAUUUGGCCGAACUCAGGAGAGCUCAGCCACGUGGUGCAUUUUCUCUUAGUACAACACUUAGGUUAGGCUUACAGAUACUCAAAGCAAUCGAGUCAAUACAUUCGGUGGGUUUUCUCCAUCGCGACAUCAAGCCGAGCAACUUUUCCGUGGGACGCUUGCCCUAUAACUGCCGGCGGGUUUAUAUGCUCGACUUCGGGCUGGCUCGUCAAUAUACGACGGGCACUGGCGAAGUGCGUUGUCCGAGGGCAGCGGCUGGAUUCCGUGGCACUGUACGAUAUGCCUCGAUCAAUGCACAUCGCAACCGGGAGAUGGGUCGCCACGAUGAUCUCUGGUCGCUAUUCUAUAUGCUAGUCGAAUUUGUCAAUGGCCAAUUACCAUGGCGUAAAAUAAAAGACAAGGAGCAAGUGGGUCUGACCAAAGAGAAGUACGACCAUAGAAUACUGUUGAAACAUUUGCCAUCGGACCUCAAGCAAUUUUUGGAGCACAUACAGUCGCUCACGUAUGCAGAUCGACCGGACUAUGCCAUGCUAAUCGGCCUGUUCGAACGUUGUAUGAAGCGGCGCGGAGUUAAGGAAUCUGAUCCGUAUGAUUGGGAAAAGGUCGACACUUCAGCCAUUAGCAACAUCAAUGCAGCUGUCAAUGCCGCUGUUCCUGUUAAGAACGAGUAUAUGCAUGGAAACAUAACGCAAAUGACAGUGGCAGCUUCUAAUGCCAGCGGCACUGAAUUCAUACGGAAACGCACGGACAUGGAUACCGCUCAGAUGGCCUCAACUGAACCGCUUCAUAUUAAGGAAAAGGUUGACAAAAACUGUAAUGCAACCGCGCCAUCCCCGCAAGGUCAGAGUCGAGGCCCUGUUGAUAGUGUGCUACAGAACGUUAAUUCGGGCAUAAAUCAAAAUCCCCUACCAAAGACUUUGGCACAGCAGCAACUAGCCGCUGCCAACCCGAAUCUGCCCAGUGCAUUGAUUAAAUCAAAUCACGAGAAUCCUGCAGCCAUUGUUGGCCAAAUAAAAUCCUUGCACGGACACACUGCGAUCCAUACCAAGAAAUGCCAGCCUCACGUAGGCACUGGUUCACUGUCCAUCUCUAAUCAAAACAAUUCGGCUCCAGUUUACUAUCCGCAUGCGGAGGACAAGGUUAUUUUGGCAACCCUUCCAACGAAAUUACAAACAGACAUCGACAUUGCCCCACCAGUAAGUCUGGAAAAUGAUGCAAAGGCCAAUGGGCCAGUGGACGGUAGCGGUGCUAGCAACGGGUCCCAGUUUGGCAAUGAUCAGCAGCAGCAGGCAAAACGGACGAAUUCACCGGCAGCAGCUAAUGUCGAGGGUAAGGCGCUACAGUCGGAUGUAGAAAAGAGCGCUGACGGCAAGCGAUCUGCAGAUGAGCCAAAGUCAACAUAUGGCCGUCUUCGAGUUCUUACCGCUCCACCGAUGAGUGUGCACGAUCUGACCGUAGCUGGUGGCAGCAUUGUAAACCAAGGCCAACAUGCUCCCGAGUCGCAGGACCAGGAAACACGGACUCGAGUUUUUGAAGCGAUUACAGGAGGAAAUGCUGCAACUAGUGGUUCAACGCCAAAAGCAAUUGGCAUCGGUGGCCAGCGUAAUCAGGGUGUUUACGGGAUAGUUGGUGUGCCCCCCGCCAAUCGUCGCUCGGCGACAUCUACAAAUUUGCGGCCCUCUUCUUCCGGUAUGGGUUCAGGGUCGAUUCAACGUAUCAACACCACAGGAACUGGAACUGGAAGCAACACUGCGAGAAGCAGCGUUGCGGGAGACCACUCGGUCACCCAAUUCGCGUUAAUCGACGAUGAGAACGUGUCGGCUCUUCAACAGGUAACAAAAGGCGGCGGGGCUCUCACACUAGCGUCUCAAUGGAAAAGCCAGUUUGAUGACUCUGAGGACACAACAGACAAUGAAUGGAACCGUGAGCCACAGUCGCAGCCCAAUCUGGAGCAUAUGCAUAAAACGGAAGGGGACGUGCAAGUAGCUGACUAUAGCCACAGCCAGUCAAAAAAGUCACAGCCAGCCGCAGUUGAGAGGGAUAGGGUAAAGAGAUACACCCUUAACAUAGCCGGCAUCGAAAACUACGACACCUUGCAAAUCUCUAUACCGCACUGUUGGUCUGAGCCUGCAAUGGGUAAUGUAUUACGCAAAGAUCUAGAGCCACCAGCUGUGCAACAAGCAGCAUUCGACGAAACAGUUUAUCGUAUGGAUAUAGUCCGAAAUGUUUGUGUUCGGGAAUCUUACUCCGAAAUCGCCCCACUGGCGGUAGCGAGUGCAAAGGUUGGUUCCGGCACUGCCGAGUCUGAAGUUGUUUUGACAACUGAGCCUCGAGUUCCAUCAUCGUUGUACAAGGAGGCCCCUAGUCAUAUGCAGGUGGAGUUCCCAUCACAUAUGCCAAAUGAAAGCCAGCAAAUGUGCAAACAUCGCAAUAGCCUUCCAAACGUUUCCCUGACUGACCUCUUUGAUGACCAACCUCAGCCACAGCCGCCGCGUCUGCAAGAUACCGACGGAAUAGCCAGGCCUUGGUGCGUUCAGACCACAUCUUGUCAGCGAAGCCAUUUGCCAUCACAGGUCGGCGCUGGCGUAGAGAAAGAGAAUGACGGCUGUGUUAGUGGGCGACUUGAAAUUCGUGUCAUUCCCAAAGAAAACUCGCAUCUUGAGGAAUCAGACUACUAUGAUGCUGUUAAAACAACGCCCAGCGCUGUUCUCACUCUUACUAGCCAAGAAAUAGCUGACAACGUUCAUGGGCCGGAAUUAGAGACAGGUCCUCUUAAAAGUGGUAAAGCGGUGCCAAUUAACUGUGAUGACAAAGCUUCCUCUCCAAACACAAUUAAGAAUUGUGCCACACCAACUAACAAGGACACUCCUACUCCAGACACGCCAAAUGAGGCUAGCUGUUAUGAUGCCAACGUGAAUGGCAGCAGGAAUGGUGCCGAUCCUGAUCAGAGGACGGCACCCAGAUCAGGUGAUUCCAAUGGAACUGUAGGUGGUAGUAACACAUGUGGAUGUGAUUUAUCGCUUGUGGCGCCUAGUAAGAUCCCAGUACUUACUUCUAACACGCGGCAGUCCAAGUGUGCAUCGUGGGCAGGUGUAGGUGUCGACCAUACAAAUGCAACAGCAGCAUCAGCACCGCAACCUCAACCUCAACCUCUACCGCAACCUCAAACUAAAAUCGAUCAGCAUGCCUCACACGAUUCUCCCAGCUCUAUAGUGGAUCCUGUUACCAGCCCCAUACGCAAUGUCCUAUGUUCUGGUGCUUUGCCGAAUCCUCCAAAUAUGACGGACUUGACACCAGGUUUACGCCGACGUCGGGAGUCUUCUGAAGGAAAGUACGUGACAGACCCAGCUCAAUUGCAAUUGAGAUUUCAGCGCCCCCGAUCACGCACUUCGAGUCGGUCUCGCGGCAUUCCUACAACAAUGCUGGGACAUUUCGAGGAUCAUUCGGUUGACAUGAGCGAAGGUCAUGGUGUCAAAGACUUGGGAUUAGCGAAACAAGGCGAAGACACAAACUCUAACAAUUUUCCAUGGAAUGAGAAUGCAGCAGAGCCACAAGCUAGAAGCGAUAUCUCAAUCUCACCUCCUCCUGGUGAUCCGAAAAUGGAAAAUAGUGCACGCCUACGACGAUAUAGGCAUAACAUAGAAUAAUUAAAUUUCAAGAUUAACUUAAGCAAGUCAUCAUAUAGUUAUGAUAGGUAAAAGCAAUAUUGGAUGUGUAAUAUGAGAAGGGCGAGAGUAACUGAUUAGUUUUCCAUGUGAAGGAAGGAGGGAGGGAUAAUAUCGCAAUUUCGAGAAUAUCUCCGCAUAAACUAGUUUAUAAAAACAGUUUUCAAAGUUUCUAAAAGUUCGCAAAGCUAAUGGAAACUUCAAGUGGUAACGCAAAUUCCACCAAAUCUAGAAUUUUAGUGGACCGAAAUUAAAUAAUAAUUAGAGAGAACACUUACUUACAUCCGAUAUGUCAUUUACUUCGCUAAUAGUCACAUUCACACCUAAUGACGGCGACUCCUGUCCUUAUUACCCAAAUAGUACUCUAAUCUUAAUCCCAAUCAAGCACGUAACGGUGUCUUAACUAAAAUAAUAUGGAGGCUUGCAAGGGCUUUAGGUAAAUAUGAAUUAUUAAUUAAUACAACUAUAAAACAAAAUCAAAUACUAGCAUAUAUGCAAUUUUCAGUUAGCUAGUUGUAUGUUUGUUCAAGGGUGCUAUAUUAUCGGCAAACUUGUGGUUACAUCAGGGAAUGAUGACGAAACGAUUUUCGGUUCAUCGAAUGUCUUUGAACUCUAUUCGGCACGAUGGAAUAUAGCACAAUCAGUUGAAAGAUGGUUCGCAAUUAGUUUGUGAAAUCGAAAACCCUGGACACUGAAUAUGAUACUCAACUUCCUGCCACGAGUUCCUGGUGGGCAUUCUAGCAUUAAUCGACCUCAUAUACAGACUUUGAGUCGGCUUUCGAAUUUUGAAACCUAAAAUAAGGACGAUUAAAUGCCUAACACCGUUUUUCCUGAGCCAACAGAAUCGACAUGAGAACCAAAAAUGGUUUCGGAAGCAUUCCCUAGCUUAGGUUAAAUUAAAACUGAAUCUAAAUUGAUAUAUGAAUUAAUAAGUUGAUUCUGUAAUAGCCGUCAAGCGUGAAAUGCUUACACAUUAUACAAAGUGCUUUCUAAUGAAGUUAAGUUUCUGCAAAUAUUUUAUUGCAACGAGAUGUAUAUUCGCAUAUACACGGUGGCGGAUUUUUGAGAGAACGUGUACGUUUGGAGCAUAAGAAAGUGACCAUCAAAAGACGUAUAUUACUGAGAAUCUACGUAGAUCGAAGUAACAAAACACGAAAUAAAUGCAUCCGCCACUGCUCAUAUAUAAGGAUUAUUUCAUUUAAUUUUCUGUAUAUAUGUACGCUACUAUCCCAAUUGUAAUAGAACAAAUUAACCUCAAUAAAGUGUAAUAAUAAUUCUAA